AUGCUGAACACCUCGGCCGCCGCAGCACCACUUCGAAAUGCUGCUCCCGCAGCGGUUGCAUCUUUCCAUUCAUCGCCGCAACGGCCAGCCUUGAGUGCAGAGCACCAGGCAAUCAUCAAGUCCACAGUACCAGUCCUAGCCGAACAUGGUGUUGCCAUCACAUCGCACUUUUACAAACGCAUGCUCAACGCCCACCCAGAAAUGCGAAACAUCUUUAACUCCGCCCAUCAGGCUACAGGUACACAACCAGCGGCUCUGGCCCAUGCAGUGUGGGCCUAUGCGUCCAACAUUGACAACCUGGGAGCCUUGACCGCUGCUGUUUCCCGCAUUGGACAUAAACAUGCCAGUCUCGGAAUCACACCCGACCAGUAUCCGAUUGUUGGGGAGCACUUGCUUGCCUCGAUGAAAGAGGUGUUAGGGGAUGCCGUCAAUCAACCAGUCAUAGACGCCUGGGCCGCAGCGUACCAGCAACUCGCCGAUAUUUUCAUCGACUUCGAACGUGGUCUGUACCAGCAGGCCCGACAGACAGCCGGCGGUUGGGUAGGAUGGCGGAAGUUCAGAGUGGCGCGCAAAGUGCCCGAGAGCGACGAGAUUAUCUCAUUCUACCUCGAGCCCGUGGACGGAGGAGCCUUGCCUCCCUUCAAGUCCGGUCAAUACAUUUCCGUGAGGGUUUUUGUUCCUGAAUUGGGUGUGUACCAGCCUCGACAGUACAGUCUGUCAGAUACAGAUGAUGGGAGACACUUCCGUAUCUCGGUCAAGAAGGAGUCGGCCAAAGGUAUCGCGCCGGCCGGCCAAAUCUCCAACGUGCUGCACGAGAAUCUGCCGGAAGGUGCCGAACUUGAUGUCAGCAACCCCUUCGGCGACUUCACACUCGACGUCGAAGCUAGUGGACCCGUCAUUCUGAUCAGUGGGGGUGUAGGCAUCACACCUAUGCUUUCCAUGCUGGGAACACUGGUCGAGCAUGCCCCACAACGACCCGUUGUCUUCGUCCACGCUGUGCGCAACGCCAAAGUCCACGCUAUGAAGGAUUACCUGUCUCGCAUCAUCAAAGAUAACCCGCAGGUGUCGCGCGCCAUCUUUUACGGAGAGGUCGGCGAAUCUGAGCAGGAGGGUGUUGACUACGAUUACGAGGGACGCAUUGAGCUCCAAAAUAUCAAGGACAAGGUCCUACUCCCCGAUGCAAAUUACUAUUUGUGCGGGCCCGUCCCCUUCAUGCAAACUCAGCAAAAGAAUCUGGAGGCACUGGGUGUCCGCCCCGAACGGAUUCAUUCUGAGGUGUUUGGUGCAGGAGUGGCUUAA